AUGUCCCGCUCAGGCUACGACGCCGUCGUAGACGUGGACGAUGAAGGCGACCUAGGCCACACAGACCUCCGCGAAGACCUCGAGUUCCACCAGUCCAAUUUUUCCUCCACAACGAACCUGAACAAACCAUCUGGUUUGCCCCUCCCAGCUACAGCCUCCUCCUCCGCGGGGGGGCAAAGCGGAGGAAAAAAGCUGAUCUGGACGCUUGGGUUCUACUCCCAGUUCUUUGACGUGGACACGACGAGUGUUUUGCAGCGGUGCUGGGCUGCGCUGUUCCCGCGGGCUAAUUUCCUGGAUGUGUUGGAGGGAAACCCGGAUUUGUACGGGCCGUUUUGGAUCGCGACGACGGUGGUGUUGAUUUUGUUUUUGGGCGGGACGAUAAGUGAUUAUCUGGCUAGUACGGGGAGGGGGAAUUUUGCGUAUGACUUUCGGUUGUUGUCUGGCGCCGCUGGGUUGGUUUACGGGUACACGACCUUCAUCCCGGUGGUUCUGUAUCUUGCGCUGAGGUACUUUGGGUCCGAGUCGGCUAAUCUUUUGGAGUGCUGGGCGUUGUAUGGGUAUUCGAACUUGAUUUGGAUUCCUGUCGCGCUCGUGAGCUGGUCGCCGAUCAAGAUUUUGAACUGGGUGUUUGUGGGGGUUGGGUUUGGGGUUAGCGUGGCGUUUUUGUUGAGGAAUUUGUAUCCUGUCCUCAGCGCGACCGACAGGCAGACCAGCAAGGUGUUGCUGGUGGCGGUGGUGGCGUUGCACUUUGGGUUGGCGAUUGCGAUCAAGGUGCUGUUUUUUGCGCAUGGGAGCCCGCUGCCUGGGGGGAAGGAGGAGACGGGGCCUGGGACGGGGGGUGGGGAUGGGGAUGGGGGGGAUAAACAGGCCAUGUUUUUCUAAGGGAAACGGGGGAGAGAGUGGUGAAGAGGUAUUGGAACUGGGGUGAGGUCAGUUUGAAGUGUGCGAGAUGGGUUUAAUGGGCGUUCACAGGCGAAAAAGUCAUGGAAUUAUCAUUGUCCAAGGUUAGGCGUGCUUGGUUAGGGUUGUACGAGU